AUGAAAGACGAUCUUUUCUUUAAUCUUGAUCAUGGUUAUGCUGAAGGUUUAUGUCGAGGAUUUAAAAGUGGAAUUUUAAAAGCAUCAGAUUAUCAUAAUUUAGUACAAUGUGAAACACUUGAAGAUUUGAGACUUCAUCUUCAAUCGACUGAUUAUGGAAAUUUUUUGGCUAAUGAAGCAAGUCCAUUAACCGUAAAUGUUAUUGAUGAUCGUUUACGUGAAAAACUUGUUCAAGAAUUUCAACAUUUACGAAAUGUGUCUUAUCAACCAUUAUCAACUUUUUUGGAUUAUAUAACAUAUGCUUAUAUGAUUGAUAAUAUUGUUUUAUUAAUAACGGGUACUCUUCAUCAGCGUGCUAUUGGUGAUCUUUUACCACGUUGUCAUCCAUUGGGAAGUUUUGAACAACUUGGAGCUAUUACAGUUGCUGAUACACCAGCUCAACUUUAUACAGCUGUACUUGUUGAUACACCAUUGGCCCCAUAUUUUAUUGAUUGUAUUUCUGAACAUGAUCUCGAUGAAUUAAAUGUUGAAAUUAUUCGUAGUACACUUUAUAAAGCAUAUCUUGAAGAUUUUUAUAAUUUUUGUAAAACACUUGGUGGUAUUACAGCUGAAGUUAUGUGUGAAAUUCUUGCUUUUGAAGCUGAUCGUCGAGCAUUUAUGAUUACAAUUAAUUCAUUUGAUACUGGUCUUACACAAGAUGAACGUGCAAAACUUUAUCCAACAUGUGGUCAUUUAAAUCCGGAUGGUUUACAAGAGUUACGACGUACUGAUAGUUAUGAUGGUGUUCGAGAUGUUGCUGCUCGUUAUCCUCAAUAUAAAGUUUUAUUUGAAGGAUCUGGAACAAAUACCGGUGAUAAAACAAUUGAAGAUAAAUUUUUUGAAUAUGAAGUUAAAUUAAAUAUGAAUGCAUUUCUUCGUCAAUUUCAUUUUGGUAUAUUUUAUGCAUAUUUAAAAUUAAAAGAACAAGAAAAUCGCAAUAUAAUAUGGAUUGCUGAAUGUAUUGCACAAAAACAUCGUACACGAAUUGAUAAUUAUAUUCCAAUCUUCUAA